CGUUCUAGGAGACGCAUUGGGACGGGCAUUAUAGGAGAUAAAAUAUACAUGACGUGUAACAAUGCAGAAACCAGCUUUCCGAUUAGUGAUAGUUCUGUUGCUGCUUCAAAUGGGUCUUCCAAGAAGCGAUGCAAGUAUCAUGAAACAAAUACGGAAUCAGGUUGCACUCAAAAUAAACGUUCUUAUGCGAAAACUUUUCCCUUCACCGGAAACGCCAAAGCUGCCAGAUAAGAAGCUGAGUAUAGAGGAUAUAAUUGAAGGAAUAAAAAACUUCUUCACAACUUCUCAACCAGAAACCACCACAGAAACUGAAAAACUAGAAAAAGAGGAAAUCUCCACGCCAGCAACACCAAAAGAAGGAACUGAAGCUCCAGCUGAAGAAACCGAAAAACUGAAGCUCCUGAGGCUACUGAGCAGCCAGAAAAAACUGAAGCUCCAGCUGAAGAAACCGAAGCUCCCUCCAGCUGAAGAAACCGAAGCUCCGCCAGAAGAAACUGAAGCUCCUGAGGCUACUGAGCAGCCAGAAGAAACUGAAGCUCCUGAGGCUACUGAGCAGCCAGAAGAAACUGAAAAACCAGCUGAAGAAACCGAAGCCUCGCCAGAAGAAACUGAAGCUCCUGAGGCUACUGAGCAGCCAGAAGAAACUGAAGCUCCAGCUGAAGAAACCGAAGCUCCGCCAGAAGAAACUGAAGCUCCUGAGGCUACUGAGCAGCCAGAAGAAACUACGAAGGAAGUGGCUGAAGCUCCAGAAACUACUGAAAAGCCAUCUGAUAAAAUUUCUGAAUGCGAUCAUUAUGCUUUACCCCCUCCAAGACCUCAAAAUUUGUACAACGAAAUCAAGCCGUACAAUAAGAACUGGAAUAAAAAUUCUCUCCAAGACCCUAUUAAUUUUCCUAAUAGUAAGUUGGUCACCAAUGAAAUCAAUGAUCUAUCUACUAAAGAUUCAGCUUAUAUUGGGUCAGUGGAUAAAAUUCUUGAAAAUUUCGAAAGUGAUGUGAAUGCCACUAUCGGUUCUUGGAAGGAUUAUCAAAAGAAUACUAAAAUAAACUUCCUCUUUGAGCUUAAAGAUAGCGUUCAGACGCAGUAUGAUGAGUUUUCAGAUAUGAUGGAGACCACUUUCGUGAAAAUUGGCGUUUGCGACGUAAAUAAUGAACCGUGCUGGGAUCGAGCCUUGGCUGGGCUGCCAAAGUUUGAAGAUGGGUUGAAUGACGAUGCCAAAGCUUGUGACGACAUUUUUGGAGCGCAGAUGCAGUCUCAUCGGGAUGAUACAGUUCAGUUGCAAACAAUUCAGCGCCUUUAUCGGGAAAUUGCAAAUAUACGUCAGUGUGUUCAGAAGGAUAAAACCAACGCCUAUGUAAGAACUUGCUUGGGAAAAAAGCUCGUUGGGUCACUUCUGAGAUGUGUUGCCUAUUUCAAGAGUUUGAGGAAUUCUAUUCAGCAGGAAAUUACUCUACGUAAAUACGUCAACGAUUUAGCGAUCCAGUGCUAUGAGAACGCGUACAGUUCAAGGAAACCCGUUUUCGAACAUGGUGUGAAGAAACUGCAGAAAUGUAUUGCUAAUUUGAAAAAGAAGAAAUCCGAAGACAAUAUGGAUGAAUAA